AUGAGUCGUACAAAUUCCCCGGUGGAUGAAGCCUACGCAACGUAUAGUGGACUAGACUUAACCAUAAAGGAUCAGUCUGUUCUUGAAUCUUGUGUACAAGCGUCAUCAACACCGAGAAGAGCCAGUCACAUUCUGUCGAAAACACUUCAUGAGAAAAAUCAGGAGGACUACAGUUCGGAACAACUGAAUACAUCUGAAAAUAACUCAGUUACUAUUAGUGAACAACUGAAACAGAUUCAAAACAAUAAGAAAUUUUUGGAGACGUGUAGUAUAAAAACUGACUCACAAUCUGUACACAAUGAGAUUUCCUGUUAUUGUAAUAGUAAAUGUUCAGCGAUUUCCUGUUAUUAUUCCGUUCACUCAAAUGAUCUAGAUUACACUUGUGAAAUCGAAAAUUAUCAUACACAAGCUCCUCUUGAUUUACGUCUUAAAUCAGUUUCAAAAAAUGUAAAUACUGACUGUAACAAUACCAGCAACAACACUAAGACAAUCACAAAUAGUCCUGAAAAAUACGGGAUGUUUGUAUAUGCAUCAUUAUCGUCAUCUAAUCAAAUGACGCAAGGGAAAAAUUAUCCAAGUACCAAUAGACAAUCUGGAAAUUCGUUUAAUAUCAAAUCUUUAUUGAGAAAUAACGAAGACUUCAAUAAUCAGUCUUCAACUAACUCAGAGUGCUACGACAAUCUCAACGGAACAGAUAAUUGUGCUGAAAUGCAGACAAUGACACAUCCAGUGACCUCUAAAACUCUAUUCGAUCAAUUGCUAGUUAAUUAUUUACAGAUGAUAAAUCCAUUAGGGUUGAAUUCCCUUUUAUCUAAUUCCAAUAAUACUCAAAUACCCAAUGAACGGAUUGUACCACAAGUCGAGAGCAACGUCAUGAUCCCGUGUCCACCAUCGUUAUCGACAGAUUUAAACACCCCAGUCACAAGAAUGUCUCCGGUUAAAAAGUCAACGAGAAAACUGAAUCUCACAAAGCCAACAACAUAUGAACAAAUAACUGACAUGACUAACCAGAGAAUUUCAGAAGAUACAACGAAUGAAGACUCCAUUGGAUAUAAUUUGAAACAAAUGGAGGAUGGGCAGUCGUCAACGGUGAAUACUUAUGCACUGAGCUGUUCAUCGAUAUCAAGUGAGGAUGAUACAAAAAUUAGAUGUAGAGGAAAAAGUGGUGAUUUAGGAAAAACACCGAUUAUACUCUACUAUCCGGAACCAUCCGACAGUAAGAAAAGAAUUAAGGCGAUGCUGGAACGUAAUGAUCCGUGUUUGAAGUAUGUCAACGAUGGCGCUGCAAUACGCAAUCCUUUCGCUGUUGAUAGAAAAGUUCAACUAAUCCACUUAACUUCCUUACUAUGUGUCAAAUUAGAUAAUAAUACUUAUUUGUGCAAAGGAUGCAAUCGUACAACAAGACGUUUACGACCAAUGCAACAACACUUGUUGUCACACAGUGCAAGUAAAUUCAAUCUCUGUGUUCAAUGUCUCAAAGGUUUCAAUGAUAAGUAUGAUAUGAAACGUCAUACUCGUAAACACACAUUGGUGCGUCCAUAUGUUUGUCCAGAAUGCAAACGUUCAUUCAGUCAACGUUGUUCUUUGGAGGGUCAUCGACGUAAAAUACAUAAAAUCCAGUUGAACUACACUCCUAAUCAACGUCGUGAAAUAGUACGUGUGUGUGAAACAUGUGGUUAUUCUUGCAGUAAACUAUAUGACAUGUUACAACAUACUUUAAACAAUCAUCCGAACAGUAAUUGUCUACCUAGACUGCAACGUCAAUUUAUGAGACAUAAAGAGAAAAUCAGAAACACUUCAACUACAUCAAACGAAGACAUACAAACCUGCAGUUCAUUUCAAGAUUCAGUAGUAUAUGCUGCAUACAGUAAUUCGGAGACGAAUUCGCAAACUCCAGCCCACAUUUGUACUAAUUCAAGGGAGACAAUAUAA